AUGAGUGCCCCCGAAGCGCUCAACUCUACCAAUCCUACAAACUCGGAAUCGACCACCGCGAUCACGACUACUUCUCCGAACAUGGCGGAAUCAUCCUCCGAAACAAAUUCGGAAGACCAGAACCCUCCUCCUGUUGCCUUCUAUGGCUUCAAGUCAUGGGUCUCACAAGCUGUCGUGGCUUCUUUCCUAGCUGGCGGCGUAGCUGGCGCUGUCUCGAGAACAGUCGUCUCCCCGCUGGAGCGGUUAAAGAUUCUGCUACAAGUACAGUCUACAGGGCGCACAGAGUACAAGAUGAGCAUACCCAAAGCACUGGGCAAGAUAUGGCGGGAAGAGGGCUUUCGUGGUAUGAUGGCUGGCAACGGCGUGAACUGCAUACGGAUUGUGCCUUAUAGUGCAGUGCAGUUUGGGAGCUACAACCUCUACAAGCCUUUCUUCGAGCCUGAACCAGGCGAACCUCUGACACCAUUGAGACGGCUCUGCUGUGGUGCCAUAGCGGGCAUCACAUCGGUCACAGUCACAUACCCCCUCGACAUCGUCCGAACGCGUCUAUCGAUCCAAUCGGCAUCAUUCGAAGCUCUGUCGAAAGCAGAGGCAGAGAAGAAACUACCCGGCAUGUGGGCGACUUUGGCUUCGAUGUACAAGAAUGAGGGAGGCAUCAGAGCACUCUAUCGCGGCUUGUUACCUACGAUAGCAGGCGUGGCGCCAUACGUCGGACUGAACUUCAUGGUCUACGAGAGCGUACGGCAAUACUUCACCCCUGAAGGCGCAUCGAAUCCUGGAUCUAUUGGCAAGCUGGGCGCAGGAGCCAUCUCCGGAGCUGUGGCUCAGACCAUCACAUAUCCAUUCGAUGUGCUCCGACGACGCUUCCAAAUCAACACCAUGUCGGGCAUGGGCUACCAGUACAAGGGAAUCGGCGAUGCGCUCACAACCAUCGUGAAGAACGAGGGCCCCGCUGGCUUGUACAAAGGCAUCGUUCCGAAUCUGCUCAAGGUCGCCCCUAGCAUGGCCAGCAGCUGGCUGGCCUUUGAAGCGGUGCGCGACUUUGCAGUGGGUUUGAAACCCGAAGAGCACCUACGCGAGGGCCCUAAGAAUGAGGCCAUAUGA